AAACUGUAGCCGACAGACAAUGCUUGCCUUUAACGCAAUCUGUAACUGCUCUCUCUGGCGAUCGAGAAAGUGCGCCUAAAAGGAAACCUGGAUACCACACGAAACAACAAGACUUUCUUUCAAAGUUUUCGAGCACGCCGACAGAGUCAUGUAUCGCUGUUUGUGGUCAACUGCUGGAAGCGUCUGCCUCGCCAUCUUCUUGGAUGCUGCGAGGGCAGAGAGCACCGACUGGGAGGACCAGAUGAGACGGCAGUUCCAGCCGAGUUACGACGACAGCCGGUGGAAACGUCAUCGGUCCCGUGAACUCCUGUCCACCGGCGCCAUUGUGGGGAUCGUCGUAGCGAUCGUCGCGGCGGCCGUCUCGGUCUUCCUGUGCUGCUGCUACCGUCGAAGAAGGCGGCGCACUCUGGCCACACAGCACAUAGUCGUGCCUCCGGCCAUGGCUCCGGCAAUGUCGGGCGUGGCGCCCUACACGUACGCCGGGUCGUACCCUCCCGUCCCGGUAGCCAUGACCUCCGCAGUCUCGCCGCAUCCACAGCCGAACUACUACGAGCAGCAGGCAGCGCAGCAUGCGCAGAGGCGCCCCCUCCAGGCCGGCCAUCACAUGGCGAGCCCCUCGGGGCAGCCGUCCACAAUGCCGAUGCCCCCGCCGACCGCGCCACCCGAGCCACCACCGCCCUACAACUACAGGGCGAACUACCCGCGCUGAGGGUUGUGAACUGCGGUCGCGAAUUGGAGAACUUCACGAGCGUUCACUUUGGAACUGGGAAUAGCUCGUGAAAACCACGCUAUAAUCUCUACAGGAGGUAUUCACACAGUUCUUCCCACCAGGCAGUUCCCCAAGCGCCCGCUAGAGGUGCCCCGCGCAGCGCUGGCCGCUUGGUGUGGUGCAAAGUGGACGCCUCUGUACAAUAACCCUUCAACUACUUCUCUAAGGACAAACUUUACAUUCAUGCUACGAGAGAUGUUUGCAUAACAGACACGAAGCAACUUUAGAGAGCUUUACUUUAAAGAAAUGAUCUGAAGAUCCUCUACAUACGGUGAAUAUAAAUGCUAGAAAUGACAUUGACGAAACCAGAGCAAACAAGGAGUCUUUUCAGGGUGAGGUCAGUUGAUGUGUGUUGCUAAGGCGUUUUCAUAAAAUAUGCCUGGAAUAAAUUUUUUUAGAGGGACGGGGUGCUUUCCCAUAGUUGAGUACGAAGUACUCUAAAUCGUGAACCACUUUAUUUAAACACACAUAAGGAUGGCUUUAUGCUCUCCCAUAGUAGAGUACCUAGUACUCUAAAUGGUUAA